GGAAAAAUAGCAUGCCUUGAAGAAUAUGAGCUGCAGACUAUGACUACUGUUGAGAGGAGAAGCUCACCUAGUUGAUAAGCAAUUAAUAGGACUCAUGUAAAAUAUUUCUUUUCCCUUGAUUAUAUUUCAUUAUAAACAUUUUCUCUGCUUCAGAAAAAUACAAUGAUAAGACAACUAAAAGCAGAGAUAUAUGUAUGAAUUUUACUGAUAUUUUUGAGAUUAUAUUUAUAUUUUAAGAGUACCCUUUGAUGCACAUACUUUGAUUUUUAGAGAGAAACUAGUCUAAGAUAUGAUUUGUGAAAAUCAUACCAGAGUCACUAAGUUUAUUCUUCUCGGUUUUACUAACAACCUUGAGAUGCAAGUUUCCCUGUUUGUUUUGUUCCUAGUCAUCUAUACAGUCACUUUGUUGAGCAACUUCCUUAUUGCCUGGGUUACCAGUGUGGAUCCUGCUCUUCAGAUACCCAUGUACUUCUUUCUCCAACACCUAUUACUUCUUGAAGCCUGGUUCACCUUGGUCAUGGUGUUGAAGAUGUUGGUAGAUCUGCUGUCACCAAGGAAAAUCAUCUCUUUUAUAGGCUAUGGUACCCAGAUAUACUUUUUCUUCUUCUUUGGCAGCUCUGAAUGUUUCCUCCUUUUUAUGAUGGCUUAUGAUCACUUUGUGGCCACCUGUAACCCUCUUUGAUAUUCAGUCAUAAUGAAUAGGUCUUUAUGCUUGUGGGUGGCUGUAGGCUCUUGGAUUUCUGGUGUUCCUGUCUCUAUGCUACAAACUGCUCGGAUGAUGGCCCUUCCUUUCUGUGGGCCACAGUGGGCCACUGUGGACCUUUUUUGUGAUGGUCCUCCAGUCUUGAAACUAGUCUCUCAGGAUACAAACAUGUAUGAAAUGCAAGCACUUGCUUCCACACAACUCUUUAUUAUGUUUCCCUUUUCCCUCAUUUUGGUCUACUACCUUAUCACAACCAUCCUGAGGAUGCCACCAGCUACUGGUCACCAGAAGGCAUUCUCCACUUGUUUAUCAGUGGUAUCCCUUUUCUAUGGAACAGCCAGCUUGACCUACUUAUGGCCCAAAUCCAACCAGUCCCCAGAGAGCAAAAAAUUAGUGUCAUUGUCCUACACUGUCAUCACUCCUAUGUUAAACCCUAUAACCUGCAGCCUAAAGAACAAUGAAGUGAAGGCAGCAGUCAAGAUGAUGUUCAGUAGAAAAGUCUUGCAGAAGUUGGUUGUGUUUUGAGUUUUAUUAUUGCAUAGUGUGUUUCUAAACAAGUAGGAGCAGCAGAACCCACAAGCAAAAGCUUAUUUGAAGAUUUGCUCUUAUUUUGUCAGUGUUACUGUGAUGGGUAGAUUUCAGUGUUCAGUCAGAGUCCCAUCAAAACAAAACAAAACAAAAUCCAAACGAAUAAACAAACAAACAAAAAACUCGCCAGCUUCGGCUGGUGUAGCUCAAUGGAU